UUAAAAACAUUUUUAACAAUUAUUGUCAACAAACAAUAAUUUUAAAAGUAAACAUUUAAAGUAUAAACAUUAUAUUAUCAAGUUAAGUUGCGAUGUCACAUUACUUUUAAAGUUUAAGAUGAGUUUCAAUUACUAUCACCGAUGGGUAGAAUUCGAUCAACUUUUAGGCGCCAAAAAAUUGCAAGGUACGAUGGCGCUAGACAUUGAAGAAGAAUUCAACUCAAGACUAGAAACAAUCAAGUGUGUUGUGGUAGGAGAUACAGCUGUUGGAAAAACACGUUUGAUCUGUGCAAGAACUUGCAAUGCAGUACUCAAUCUUCCUCAAAUGCUUACUACUCAUGUACCUACAGUUUGGGCCAUAGAUCAGUAUAGAAUUCAUAAAGAGGUAAUACAUGAAGAGGUUCUUAAAAGAUCUUGGAUGAGUGUGGACGGAGUCAAUGUUUCACUGCGUUUAUGGGACACAUUUGGAGAUCAUGAAAAAGACCGGAAAUUUGCUUAUGGAAGGGCUGAUAUUGUUCUGCUAUGCUUUUCCAUAUCCAGUCCCCAAUCUUUCAAGCAUUGUAAAACAAAAUGGUUUCCAGAGAUUCGCCAAUACUGUCCUCAAGUGCCAAUUGUAGUGGUGGGAUGCAAGAGUGAUCUGAGACACAUGUACAAAGAUGAUGGAUUUGUUACACUUUGCCAUGAGAAAAAUCAUCAGUUUGCGAA